AUGAUGAGUUGGUGCUGCCUCAGGCAUCUGGUAAAGACUCUGGCAAGAUAUAGGCAUCGCAGGAACACCCACCGCAGGCUGUUUGUGGAGGCACUCAAGCGGAAGAUUGAGAAUAGAUACCCGGCAGAUGCAUACAUUGAGAAAAUGCAGGACACAGUGUUCAUCACGUCCAUCCAGAUGUUUGACAUGUUCACACCUCAGAGACGUGCCAGGCACCUUGUGUGGGCCACCUUCAUGAUGAUGGCAGUUACAUGUGUUGUGUUUGCAUUCAUGGCUGGCACCUUCCCCCUCUACCGGCUUCAAAAGGGCUAUGAGGCUGAUGUUGCUGCCCUCAGUUAUGGUCCAGACGAGUUGUGGGACUGGGCAACAGUCCGCAACAGCACUACCAGGUUCGAUUUCGAGUUCCUGCUGGGCUGGGGCGGUCGCUACCUGCCGGCAGUCAACGACGGCCAGUCCUAUCGCUGGUUCACGUCGAUCAUGCUGCACCAGAGCUUUGUGCACCUCCUAUCCAACGCCCUGAUCUUUGUGGUGCUGGGUAGCUACCUGGAGUACAGAUAUGGCGGCGUGCGGGUGAUGGCUGUGGUCGUCUUGGCAGGGCUGGGCGGCAACCUUCUCAGUGCGGUGGCCGAGGAUCGCUGCUCGAUCGUGGUGGGGGCCAGCGGCGUGGUGUUUGGCUUCAUGGGCUUUGGCAUCGUGGACCUUGUCCUCAACCGGGAGGUCUUGCUGCACUCUGCCAUUCGCUUCGUCAUCUGUGCCCUCUUCGUCACGUUCAUAGUUAUGACGCUUGUCAUGGAGGAGUACAGCUCCCACAUCUCGCAUGCCGGAGGCUUCCUGUGCGGCUUCGUUCCGGCGCUCCUCUUCAUCCCAGACAUUAAGUACGAGCGCUUGGAGGCCAUGCUGGUGUGGGGCGUGGCGGGCUUCGUUGUGAUCUUCUUCACUGUGCUGCCCACGGCCAUCUACUACAGCGUUCUCCCGACGCUCCAGUGCUGA